AUGUCGCUCGCCCAGCACGUUACUCAAGCCGAGGGCUUCGACUAUGAGCGUCCUGUCGAACAGCCCGACCAAGCCGGGAACGGUGAGGCGGCUUUCGGUACUUUGCAGCUGCUCUCUACCGACAGCUUGAACAACAACGCCGAUCCGCAAUGGCGACGCCUGAGCUUCGCACCAGUCGAGCCAGUUCAUGUGGAAAAGCCCAUUGCAGCUUACAAGGUGUCCAAUGCAAAGCGAUGGGUACAGGUAGCCACUGGCAUCGUGGCAUGUUGGCUGGCAGCAGGCAUCGUUUUUGGCUUCGCUGCACUCAAACCCAUUCUGAUUGCCGAGGGCGUGUAUAGCGACCUCUGUAAUGCCGAUGACCCCGUUACCGUGGAUGAUGGCGACGACAUCCCCUGCGUGGAGCAGGACAUGCGUCUCAAUCUUUUCUUCAUCGUCGCGUCUGUCACUGCCAACGUGUCAUCGCUGCUCGCUGGCUCGGUCCUUGAUCGCUACGGUAGACACGCAUGCUGGGUCGCGUCAUCCAUUUGCAUCACCAUCGGUUGUGUCUUGAUGGCCUCGUCGCACAACUUUGAAGAUUUUGAUGGCUACUUUUUCGGCAACAUCUUCUUAGCCCUCGGUGGCACGUUCGUGUUUGUUUCGAGUUUCCAGCUCGCCAACGCGUUCCCGAAGUACAGUGGGCUGAUCAUCGCACUUGUCACUGGCGCUUUUGACGCGUCCGCUGCCGUUUUCCUCAUCUAUCAGAUGGUGUACAACGCGACCAACGGACAGCUGUCUCUGGAGAAGUUCUUCUACGCAUACAUCGCCAUUCCCGUUUUGAUCUUGAUUGCCGAGUUUAUAUACAUGCCGUCCCGAUCAUACCACACCAUCCCUCAGCUAGAAGCAAAGAUCGAGAAGGCUCAAGACGAAACGCGCGAUGCCCACGACUCCGACAAUGAAAUUUCCGACAACAGAACUUUAAGGAAAGUCCGCAGUGCUCGGGCUGAUCGUCGUUUAUCAAAGCUGGAUCAAAUUGAGGAAGUCGCCGGUGAUGCCCAGCACCGCGAGGAACGGGUCAAACGCAAGGAGGAGCGACAGGAAGCGAGCGGUGUCUGGGGCGUUCUCCAUGGCGUUCCAGCACACAAGCAGAUCCAGAGCCCUUGGUUCAUCCUCAUUCUUCUACUAACCAUCGUCCAAAUGUUGCGGAUGAACUACUUUAUUGCAACUAUCCGAGCACAGUAUCGAUUCAUGUUAGGCUCCGAAGCCACUGCUGAUGCGAUCAACCACUUUUUCGACAUUGCUCUUCCAGUUGGAGGCGUCGCAUCCACUCCCUUUAUCGGUGUUCUCCUCAACAACCUUAGUGUGCCCACGACCUUCGGCGUCUUGACCGUUCUGAUUGUCGCUAUCGGAGUCCUCAACUGCUUGCCAUUUGUCUGGGCGGGUUACGCCACGGUCGUCUUCUUUGUCAUAUUUCGACCACUUUACUACUCGGCUAUCUCUGAUUAUGCCACCAAGGUCUUCGGUUUUGCCACGUUUGGCCGCAUCUACGGAACCAUCGUGUGUGUGUCGGGCUUGAUCAAUUUCGCUCAAUCUGGCCUCGAUGCUCUCACUCAUGGUCCCCUUCACGGUGAUCCGACUCUGGUCAAUGUUACCCUCGGUGCUGCGGGCACACUCAUUGGGCUUAUUUUGACUGUCUUCGUGGCAUUUAAGGGCCGUACAUUCGUCGAAGAGGAGAAACCUGCUCUCGAUGCUAUAGAAGAGAGGCAGAGACUACUAUCGAACGCCGGACAGGACUAUGGUGCCCGAGACUGA